CAAAGGCCAUCAGUGUGUCUGCUGCAAGCAGUACAGCGGAUUUAGGCACGGCAUGAGCGUGGUAAACGGAAAGACUUGGUUAUGGAUAGCAAGGAAGAAGUAGAAGAGCGAAGUGCAAUGGGAAGAUGUGUGUUGAGGAAGAAUGGUUCCAAGUACAAACCAUAUUCUGCUGUCUGAUGGCUCAGGAAUUUUACCUGACGAGAGUGAGGAUGAAUUACCUCUGGUGGCAGGUGUGGUGAAGACCUCCAAGUCCAAGCAAAGGAUGAUUUGGGUGCAGUGGGAGUGAUAUUUUUGGAGAAAGUGGAUCCCUGCCUUUUGGCUGAUUCAUAUGUAGUCUCAGGCUGGGUAGAAAAUAAAUUGGUGUUGGUAGCUCGAAAUGGACUUGUGAUGAUUUUCUGUGUUUCUUCUGUCUGUGUUUCUUUGCGUUAUGUGCCUAGGGAAAAGACUUGGAUGACUUGCCUUUGAAAGGAGUGAUUACUGGGUUGCUGUUAAGUGUUGAGGUUGAGCAACUAAAAUGGAAUAUUCCCUGUGUCUGUGACGCCCGCCGUUUUGGUGCGAAGCAGACCCGGUGGCGAGCGUCGUGAAACUGAUUAGAAACUGUCUGUCCUUUUGAGUUUUGAAGCAGUCUUUUCCUGAUAGUCAGGUUGGGAUAUGUCAGUUAUCCCGUGAGAGCUUUUGUGCCGAACCCACUAAGGGGUUUCAGAAGCCAAGCUUAUGGUCAUGUUGUAGGAGGGAGAUUCCAAAAUGUGAAAAGUGUGCAGGAGGGCAUGGGACAAAGGAAUGUGUAGUAUAGGUGGAAAAAAACAUUGUGUAAAUUGUGGGGGUGCCCAUGUUGCUGGGGAUCAGAAGUGCCCGGUGCAAGAGACAGGUUGAGGUUGCCAGGGAGAGCAGAGGAUGAUGGGUCAAGGGCCUUGGCCAAUAGAGUGAUACGAAUGUAUGCUUCAGUAAGAUUGGCUUCUUAGCAUUCAUUGCCAUGGUUAUCAACUGUACCGCAGAAAUGGAAUGUAAAUCACAGAAAAUAUAUGUUGUGGUGGCAGCUGCUACGGUAAGUACUUGGAUUUACCAGGUUUUACUGGAGAAGAGUUACAAGGUCUGCUGAACGAAAGAGUCCCAUCAACCCAAACAGUUAAAGUAGUGGAAUUGAGUGGUGAUUUUUAUUUGUGUUAUGAAAUAGUGUUAUAUAUGUGCUGGGUUAGUUGGUGGUGUUUUCUUCUCCUCCCUUUUGCCCGUUGUUUAUUUUUGUAUCACAAAAUGUAACGUGGCCGAUCACACAGUAGGUGGCGGCAUGCACAAAUAAAAUGUGCGUACACCAUGUUACCAAAGAAGAAGUAGAAAACGGAAGUGAACAGUAAUCGUGCAUGUUUUCAAUUUCCACGUUAGCGGUUUUAUUGUUGUAAUUUAGACGUUUAUUAACACCACGGAACUCAAAAUAUGACUAAUUUAACUGUACAGCAUCACAUACUUACCGCAGGUGGUCUUUAAUUCACGUUGGAGACAGGACUUGGUUGAUAGAGCUACGUAACGCUAGCUAGUUGCUAACAAUGGCUAACUGUAUGGUUUUUCACACUCAAAUAGCCUCCAUUAUGGAGGUGCUAGCGAAUGCAGCCGUUGCAGAGAUCUGUAAAGUCGUAGACAACGACUAUGCUGUGUUUCGUUUGGAAAUCUCUCAAAGCCAGAAAGAAAACAGGGGGUUGCGGAGGAAACUACAACUAAUGGACUUGAAGGUGGCACGGGAGCGCGCAGAGAGAACAAUACGAGAGCGCGUUCCCGCCAGUCGUCCCAGUAGUGUCAAGGUCGUCGACCGAUACAGAGGAAUGGCAAGAGGUGAAGGACAUUUCACUGGAGGCCACAGGAGCUUUGUGAAGCCAGCGGGACACAAUGCGUGGAGAGAUGACCAACCCAUAGCUAUAGAUGAGGGGAGUGGAACCUCAACCCAGCAUGUUAUUGUGAUAGAGUCUGCAGAUGCAGAGGCGGCAGGUCCUGGAGGAUCGUCUCUGGUCAAGCAGGAGAGGACUGAAGGAGACGACCCACAACACAGCAGAGACAUCCAGACUGGAGCAGCGGCUGGAGUGGCACCCCCUGUAGCCACAGCAGACCUCGCCAACGCCACGGCGCCUCAGCACAGGACCCGAUGCAGCAUCACGGAGGAGGAGGAGGGUCUGGAGAUGAUGCUGGUGAAGGAGGAGGGUCUGGGGAACCCUGAGGGGACCAUGGUCAUGGAGGACAACCAGACUACACCUCCUGAACCCACAGAGGAACCAUCUGAGCAGCACAGGACCACACACAGUCUCACUGAGUCAGUAGACAUGGAGGUUGGGAAGCCUGAUCUGCUGCUAGUCAAAGAGGAGACAAUAGAAGACAGACCAGAGAGCAUUGAUCUGCUGAGUGGACUAAAGAUGGGGGAGCAAGGUUGUUGGCUGGAGGCUAACAGUGGAGACUGGGUGGCCAUCUUGGAUUCCCAAUCCCAGAUGGGUGCAGACAAGUGCCCAGGGGACAUCAUCACUGAGCAGGUCAGGACCAGAGGUGACAUAGUGGAGGUCAGUGGAUGGGACAGCGUCCUCAACUCUGGGCUGGGGAACAACAAUGUUAACCACAACCAGAAACAGACAGUGGAACACAAAACAACAACUGAAUUUAGUCUCCAAGACAACAGAAUGUCUGAGACCAGGGCGAGGUGUAGAUUUGGUCUGCGGGGACGUGGAGGCCAGGUUCGUAUGCAGCAGGAACGAAUAGGCACAGUCUCGGCUAGCGAGGCUCCAUCCUGCUCCUAUAGUUGUGAUUCAGAGAGACUGAUGGCGCCUCAGGUUAACCCCCUAACAGAUGCUGCCUUCAGCCUGCCUUCUAUAGGAUCUAUCAACUGGAACAUGGACCCUGCGACAACACAGAUGCUCCCUGGCCUUCGUCCUCCUCACACUAUCCUAAUGUUAAACCAGACAUCAGACAAUGCCAGUGCCUCAACACUAAAUGGCUACAUAAGCCCAUUGACAAAUGAUAGUAGUAGUAACGCUGUCAGUACCUCCGGUGGCAAAGAAAAGCGCUUCCUGUGUUCAUUCUGUGGGAAAGCCUUCAGUUUCCCCAAACAGGUGGAGAUCCACCAGAGGAUACACACGGAGGAGAAACUAUUCGGCUGCCACCUGUGCCGGGCAAGUUUCUCCCACUCGUCCAAGCUGAAGAGGCACCAGAGGGUCCACACAGGGGAGAAACCCUACAACUGCCCCCAGUGUGAGAAGAGGUUCUCCCACAAGCACCAGCUGAAGAUGCACCUGAAGAUGCACACGGGAGAGAGGCCAUUCGCCUGUACACACUGUGGGAAGAGGUUCUCAGAAAGGAGCUACCUCAGAAUACACCAGCAGAAAAUGCACACGGCCCAUGUAUAGUGACAUGUAAUGUAGUACUAGUUAGUUUGGAGUUAAUUCUGUUGGUUUUGGAUGUAAAGGAAACUGACAAAAUAAUAAGUAUGAUGAGGCAGAGUAGAUGAUAUGGUGAUGGUUAGUGUGAUGGUGUCUGUAAACAUGCUUCACUGAUGAAGAGUGACCAACUUCGUCCCUUUUGGUUGAUGCUGGUGUUUUAUAGUGAGGUAAGGAUAGUGCCUUGAUUCAUGUUUACUUGAUAUAAAAUAGUGAAGCUGUUUUAAUGUAAUGAACCUUUUCCAAAGUAUUCUAAAAUCAUUUAUCAAAGCGAGGGUGGCAGAUUUACAGAAAAGGUCAAGUGUUACCAGUUAUUCUACUUGUCACGUAUCGUUUUGUGCAAUAAAAGUUCUG